UUAGAAUAACAUUCUUGCUAGACUGUCUGGAGCUCUAGGGAUCUUCGAGGAUGGCAGUGAGGCAUCAUUAGAUGUGAUCGCUUCUAAUGGCGCUCGGUGGAUUUAAUCUUCAUCGCGGAGUGAAACGCGUCCUCGACACCCGGAUGUUGCGAAGAUGCGCUCGUGGAGCUCAAGGCAUCAGCAUCAGCAUCAGCAUCAUCCACACUAGUCAAAACAUGAUAGAUAAGAUGGUUUAAUACAGCCACACGAACUGGAAUAUAACAAAUAAUAAAAACAGAUUUUAAAUGUGUAGGAGGGGAUGGACGAGCCAGAGGAACCGACUGAAGGGGCAAACUAUGCCAGUGGCACCAGAGCCCCCGUCUCUAGUGAUGCCCCUCCCGUCUGGUCAGAAACGCUGUCAAUCACCAGCCAUCACUCGCCGGCCCAGUCCGCCGCGCUCUCCUGGCAGGCCGCGAUUAAUGCAGCCAGACAGUCUCAGGGCACCCCCAAAACCAUGAACUUCUCUGCGGCUGCAAGCACUGCUCUGGCCGGCUCGCUCGCCCAGAGGAAACGCCAGCAAUAUGCCAAAAGCAAGAAACAGGGAAGCAUCACUAACAGCAGACCCCCAAGAGCACUUUUCUGCCUGACUCUCAAUAACCCUGUGCGCAGAGCGUGCAUUAACUUAGUGGAGUGGAAACCUUUUGAUAUCUUUAUACUGCUGUCAAUAUUUGCCAACUGUGUGGCCUUAGCUGUUUACAUCCCCUUUCCUGAAGACGAUUCCAACUCAACUAAUCAUGAUUUGGAAACGGUAGAAUAUGCCUUCCUGAUCAUUUUCACGAUUGAAACCUUUCUCAAGAUCAUAGCUUAUGGACUUGUGAUGCACCAGAACUCCUAUGUGAGAAACGGCUGGAAUAUGAUGGAUUUUGUCAUCGUCAUUGUAGGUCUCUUCAGUGUUGUGCUGGAGCUGGUAACCAAAGAUCGAGACGUCAGCGGGCAGUCAGGUGGGAAGCCGGGCGGGUUUGAUGUCAAGGCUUUACGAGCGUUCAGAGUUCUGCGGCCCCUCCGCCUGGUCUCAGGAGUGCCAAGCUUACAGGUAGUGCUGAACUCCAUUAUUAAAGCCAUGGUUCCUCUGCUGCACAUUGCUCUGCUCGUACUCUUCGUCAUCAUCAUCUAUGCCAUCAUCGGACUGGAGCUAUUCAUCGGGAAGAUGCACGCAACCUGCUAUCUGAACGGCACGCGUACAUUAGCAGAGGAGGAUCCCGCUCCCUGUUCUCUUUCUGGUCAUGGGCGUCACUGCCCUCUCAGUGGCACUGUGUGUAGGGAUGGUUGGCAUGGGCCCAACAACGGCAUCACAAACUUUGACAACUUCCUGUUUGCCAUGCUGACUGUGUUCCAGUGUAUCACCAUGGAGGGCUGGACUGAUGUGCUGUACUGGAUGAAUGAUGCUAUGGGCUCUGAGUUGCCUUGGGUCUAUUUUGUCACUCUGGUCAUUUUUGGCUCCUUCUUUGUCCUCAAUCUAGUAUUGGGCGUUCUCAGUGGAGAGUUCUCUAAGGAGCGUGAGAAGGCCAAAGCUCGUGGAGAUUUCCAGAAACUGCGUGAGAAGCAGCAGCUUGAGGAGGAUCUGAAGGGCUAUCUGGAUUGGAUCACACAAGCUGAGGACAUCGACCCUGAUAAUGAUGAGGAGGGAGAUCAAGAGGCCAAACGCAACCGUACGUAA